UAUCACAAUUCGCAAACCGCUUCAUUAGUAAAGAACUAUUAUCUUCCACAAAAACUAAAAAAUUUCAAAAUGUUCAAAUUGUUCGCUGCCUGCUUCCUUGCUAUCUUCGCUGUUGCCUUCGGUGCUGCUAAGCCUGGCCUGUUGGCUGCACCAGCUGCUUUUGCCUACACCGCCCCAGUAGCUGCUCCUGUAGCCGCUGCCUACACCGCCGGUUAUGCGCCCUACAUUGCUCCCUAUGCCAGCAGUUACUCCGCCCACUCCAUCGCGCACUCGGCCGCUUUCCCAGCUGCUUAUGCCGCCGCGCCAGUCGUUGCUGCACCAGCUUUUUCUGUGUUCCGUAAAUAGAUAUGUAUGCUGGUGGUGAUUGAAACUAUUUUUGUAAACUGUGAUGAACUGAUCUGGGUUAGGAAUUGAAAUAAAAGAUACUUAAAAUUAUUUGAGA